GAGAUUCCUAUUUCUUGGUGUGUUGUAAGUAUCCCCAUUUGCCCCCACUUUAGUGGUUUAUAGUCUAUCCCUUAAACACUUUGAAGAAACAAAAAAAUUCAUUUCAACACAAAAGAAACUUUGACACUUUGCUUUGCUUUCCCUUUACUUCACAUUUUUUCAUUUUCUUUCCCAAAAAACCAAUAUGUCCUUGUAAACUCUUCGAAUAAUCAUAAUAUUAGAACUUGUUUUUGUAUUGAAAGUACACCAUUGUUUUGGUCUAAAAACUAAUAACACAAACAAAUAAUGACAGACAGAGUUUACCCUUCAGCCAAGCCUAAUGGCACUGCGCCCACUGCUGCAAAUCCACACGCUGCUCCGGUCAAGAACCAGAUGUACAACAACCCAAAUCGUGUCCCUUACCGACCGACACCAACAGCCUACCACCGACACAACCGCCGUCGUUGCAGCGGCCGGCGUUGUUUCUGUAUGUGUUGUUUCUGGUCUAUUCUCAUCAUUUGCAUCCUCCUCCUCCUUGCAGCUAUUGCUGGUGCUAUUUUCUACGUUCUUUACCAUCCUCAACGCCCUACAUUCGCAGUUUCUUCACUCAAGAUCUCUAGUUUCAAUCUCACUACUUCCACCGACGACACAACCCAUCUCACUACAAAAUUGAACCUCACACUCUCAACCAAAAACCCAAACAAGAAAUUGAUAUACAACUAUAACACUAUCUCUAUCACUGCACUUUCAAAUCAAGUUGUUUUAGCUAAAGGGUCGUUUCCUGGAUUCACCAGCACUACAAAUAACAUUACAAUUAUACACUCCACUCUGUCGAUGGCGUCACAAGUACUUGAUGUUGAUUCAGUUUCAUCUCUAAAAUCAGAUCUGAAGAGAAAAGCUGGGUUACCGGUCACAAUCUUGAUGGAUACUAUGGUAGAAGUGAAAAUGGACAAAUUGAAAAGCAAAAGGGUAGGGAUUAGAGUAACGUGUGAAGGAAUUCAUGGAUCGACACCAAAGGGUAAAGCUCCAGCAGUGGCAUCAACAAAUAAUGCGAAGUGUAAGGUUGAUCUAAGAAUCAAGAUCUUGAAAUGGACUUUCUAAUUUCAUCUCAAUUUGGUUUGACUCUCUCUCUCUCAUUUUUUUUUUUGGGUUUUAAGUAUAAUCAUAGUAAUUUCUUUUGGGGUUCAAAUUGACUCCUCUGUUUUUUUUUCCCUUCUUCUUGAGAGAUUUGUUUGUAAACUUAAGAAGAGACUAGGAAGAUUGCCAAAGUUAAGUUGAGUUUUUUUCCUAGAAUUGUGAAGAAAGUUGGGGUUGGAAUUAUAAGUUCUUUUUUUUUUCGAUUAUGCGUUUAGUUAAUUGUAGUCAGACUUAAAUUCAUUCAAGAUCUCAAUCACAAAAUUUGCACUUUCUUGAAGCA